CCGAUCUGAACCUGUUCGCUCCUGCGUCGAUUUCGACUGGCACAGCGGUAGCCCCAACGGCCCAGUUUUCGGGGACCAAGCAGGUCCUGCCUGUACCUGCUUCGAUCACAACUGGUACAAUGGCCACCUCAUCGGCCAAGCUCUUGGCGAGCAAUUUGAUUCUGCCUGCUCCUGCAUCGGAUCUGGCUGGCACAGCGGCGACGCCGCAGCUUGCGGAUGGUAUCCUGGUCGCGCCUGCUCCUGCACCAAUUCCGGAUGGCACAGCGGUAGCCUCAUCGGCCAAGUUCUUGGCGAGCAAUUUGAUUCCGCCUGCUUCUGCAUUGGAUCUGGUUGGUACAGCGGCGACGCCGCAGCUCCUAAUUCCGGAUGGCACAGCGGUAGCCUCAUCGGCCAAGUUCUUGGCAAGCAAUUUGAUUCCGCCUGCUUCUGCAUUGGAUUUGGCUGGUACAACAGCGACGCCGCAGCUUGCGGAUGGUAUCCUGGUCGCGCCUGCUCCUGCACCAAUUUCGGAUAGCUCAGCGGUAGCCUCAUCGGCCAAGUUCUUGGCGAGCAAUUUGAUUCCGCCUGCUUCUGCAUUGGAUCUGGUUGGUACAGCGGCGACGCCGCAGCUUGCGGAUGGUAUCCUGGUCGCGCCUGCUCCUACACCAAUUCCGGAUGGCACAGCGGUAGCCUCAUCGGCCAAGUUUUUGGCGAGCAAUUUGAUUCCACCUCCUCCUGCACCGAAUUCUGCCGUCACAGCAGCGAUGCAACAGCUCGCGGUAUGUAACCUGAUCCCGCCUGCUCCUGCACCGAAUCUGGCUGGCACAGCGGUACCAUCGACGCCGCAAAUCUCGGCGAAAAACCUGCUUGUUACUGCACCGCAACCGGCAGUCACAGAGACAGCACUGAUUGUCAACCCAUCUAAUAAGGUCUGGUAUCUGCCGGCGAAUUCGGAUGCAUUUCCUCGACGGGUCGGGGAUGUCAUUUCUCAACCUCCCAUAAUAGGACACACGAAAGUUGAUCGAGAGCUGGAAGAUUCUUGGAUGUCGCUGAUAUCAAACUGUAAACAUGCUCAGCUCAUGCUCGCCGAUCAAAGUACAAGUUGGACCGAAAGACAUCUGUUCCAGUUGAUCGAAUGUGUCGGAGACGGAACAAAAAUCAUCACUGGAAGCAUCCAAUGCUGCUGGGCAGGAGAACCGGUGUACGAAGCAAAUCCUGGCGCGCGGUCACAGAUAUCUAGCGGAGUGCUGACAUAUCCGGUCAUUCGACUGGGGUUGCUCGAGGUGCAGAGUAGAAGUAUAGCUGGAUCGGGUGACCAGCAAUACGGGUCGGGGAUUGUUGCUGAAGCAGAUGACCAGGCGAGCAAACCCCUCGGCGAUCUAGACUAUUAUUUGAUCUCCCCCUCACCCUCGGGAGUGUCAAUAGGGCACAAGUAGACGAACGAAGGAAGAACGUCAAGAUCGAGGAGAACGGCAGAUCAUUCUCGACGUGACAUAGUAGAAUUAGUCAAUCAUUUACAAAUUAGCGCUCGUUUUUUAAUUUAUUCUUAUUUGUACGGCUAGCUAUCGAAAGCGAACAGAACAUUUUAAUCUGAAUUCUGCUUGAUCGGCUGCGGCAAAAUUAAUUUAAUCGAAACUAGUUAAUAGCUGACUCAUUUGGUACAUCUACUAUUGUAAGUACUCAAAGAAUGAGUUCAAGGUAAACUUAAUCUAAUACUAAACUAAAAUCAGGUUCACACCAGCACCAACUUGAAUCGUACCAACAGCGAACCCCUACAAAAGUUCUGGACUAAAGUUGUAAGUGUACCACAGAUAUGAAUUGAUCAAACUUACUAAAUACAUACUAUUUUUUAGCUUUAAGCUUACUCUAAGGGAAACGACGAGUUUUGCUGUAAAGAGUCCGAAACGACCUCUGGGGGAUUCGCACCUUGGGCAACACCACUUUUUGGUACAAUGCAAAGGCAGUCCAAGCACAUCCUCCUUAUCAUCUAAGUGGCGUUGAAUUUUAUUAACUAAGUCAAUUACUGCGUUAGUUGUAGAAGAUUUCUGUAUAAACCCAUACUGUUGAGUGCACUAACUUAUUUGUAUAGAUUAAGGACCGAUUCACAGAAUAGUACUAUUACUACAGAUAAAGACUUAGGGUACGUUAUCCAUUAGUGGACCCCUUUCCUAUAGUG